AUCAGAUCGCUCACGAAUUUUGUCGCCGAAUGGAUCUCUCACGUUUCUGAUCCGAUGAAUCAACAACGUUAUCUGACGACUGCACAGUUCGUCGGUAAUAGUUUUCUAAAGUCUCAAGGAUUCCCGAAAACAAUGAUGUUCGAUGCCACAAAACCAACGGAGAGUAUCACCAGAUUGGCAAAUGGGGUGGCGAAGAGGUACCUGAACAUGAAGAUCGACAGCUCGCAGUACGUAAGGCCGGCGAUAUCGUAUUUCCAGGAAUUAGUAAACUUGGCCUCCGAAAAAGGGUUUAUCAUGUCCCGAGUAAAUGCACGAGAGUUAAGCAACAGACUGAGCGAAAUUAUUAACAAUGAUUGCAUCGGUCCUGUUCUCAAGUCGUACCGAGCGUACAAAUGGGCGACGAAAGUGCCGCAUUGUGCUAGUCAAAUCUUAUGUACCAUAAAUGAGAAGAGUCAGCAACGAGAGGACGACGGCAACGAGAUAUUUGCACGCGUACGCAGUGCAUUGCUGAGGGUAGCGAGUUUCCCCGCGGCUUGGGCAGUCAGUAAUAAGUUAGGAACUAAUUUCUGGCCUCUCUACGGAGCCAUCAUGGAGCAGGAGGGAUGCAUUAGCAAAUACCCAGCAGACUGCACCGCUUUCCACGAAGAGGAAAUCAGAGUGACUACGGAAAACAUUCAUAGCGAACUUUGAGUUUACCUCGAUAGCGACCUGUGAAAGACAUUAAUUGCUAAGUCGCCUCUAAGGUUAAAAAGAUAUGCCGCGAAGUCGUGUUCUUUAGUCCAUAAUUCUACUGUAUUUAUUGCAAACAAAAUGCGCCUAACAAAAUUACGUUGAUAAUUGCGACAGAAUUGAUUUGAUAGAAGCGACUAGAUUAUUAAGGAGUGUCUCUACAAUUUCUUUGCGUGUGCAAACAAAGAUAUUACGAAGCAUCAGUUUUAAAUAUUAAAUGUUAAUAAAACGUAACCGGGGUAAAAAAAAUGCUUAGAAGUUGCCGUAAAGAUAUUUAGAAGACAUUCUUUAUCUUAUGAAUGUGUAACGUGGUCUGAUUCAAAUAUUUUUUAAUUUUUGUAUUAUUUAUAGAUAAGUUCAUGCUUGAGAAUCAAGAUUCUCAGAAAAAGCACGAUAUGAGAAAGGCUUCCAUCUAUUUAAUUUUUAAAACGGAUGAUUACUUUUAUAGUAAAAAAUCACAUUUAAAAAAAUUGCGCUAACAAUAAGUUCAAUGCUUCUCUUAAUGACAUUUAAAUCGGUACUAUCUAAUAACUAAUAUUCUAAUAUUUAAUUAUUUUUUUUUUCUUUUCAGAAAGAAAUUGGUAUUGAAAUUUUAUUAUUUUAUGCGCAUGUAUCAUUUUUCAUGUAUAAUGCUUUAAUUGUUGCAAACUGCAAUGAUCUCAUUCGUGUGGAUGACGAAAUUCGUGCGAAGUUUUCAUCUUAAAUAAUACAUAAAAAUUAUCGAUAAUAAUAUAAAAAGUAUAAUAUCUCUGAUGUAUACAUUUCAAAUGUAUUGAAAGUGUGCCACCAAUGUGAUAAACCAAUGUACUACUUAAAAUAUCGCGGGGUAAAAUUAAAUUUCUUAAAUAUAAAAAAAA